UAUGACAAAACUGUUCUUUUACAUAGUCACUGGGUAAAAGCCUGACUGUUGAGCCACGCAGCUCGCAAAACGCCGGGACCCCAGUUGACUGCGUACCCUUCUCGCUCAUGGGCUUGUCUUCGCUAGAACAUGGACUAAAAUUAAAGAGGAACCAGCUGCAUCAUCAUAUUCAUCACCACUGUGGACAUAUACACGCUAGCUUCCUCCUGACAUGGCCUCCUCCCCCGGGCUGGUUGCUAACACGUUACCACUGCUUCAGCUACAGGAGGUGGACUCCAGCAAAUCUUCCAAGCGGCCGAGCUCCCCUGGACUCCUGCCCACCGUAUACAGCCCUCCUUUGGGCAUGGACAGCCACCCCGUCUGCAUCCCCUCUCCGUACGCGGACAGCAGCCAUGAGUACAACCACGACCACGGACCUCUGACCUUCUACGGCCCAUCCGUGCUGAGCUACGCCAGGCCGCCAGUCACUGACAGCCCGUCAUCUCUGUGCCCCUCCCUCAGCCCGUCAGCUUUCUGGCCCUCCCACAGCCACCCCAACAUGCCCUCACUGGCUCUGCGCUGCUCUCAGCCGCUCAUCUACAAUGAACCCAGCCCACAUGCAGCCUGGCUGGAGCCCAAAACCCACAGCAUCAAUGCCAACAGCUCCAUCAUCGGCUGCAACAAGCCGCUGGGGAAGAGACCAGGGGAGGGAGUGGAAGGCGUGAACUCCUCCCUGUGUUCGUCUGCUGUGGGGAAGGCCGACAUGCACUUCUGCGCCGUGUGCCACGACUACGCCUCAGGGUACCACUACGGUGUGUGGUCCUGCGAGGGCUGCAAGGCUUUCUUCAAGAGGAGCAUCCAAGGACACAACGACUACAUCUGCCCCGCCACAAAUCAAUGCACUAUCGACAAGAACCGACGUAAAAGCUGCCAGGCCUGCCGCCUACGUAAAUGCUAUGAAGUGGGCAUGAUGAAGUGUGGUGUAAGGCGUGAGCGCUGUAGCUACCGGGGAGCCCGACACCGCCGCGGUGGACUCCAGCUCCGGGAUCACACCAGCAGGGGUUUGGGCCGGACGGGGCCGGGUGCUCGGGCCCCGCAGCAUGUCCACCUGGAGGCUCCUCUCGCCCCGCCGCCCCUCCCUCAGGCCAACCGCGUACACCAAUCUGGCAUGAGCCCAGAGGAGUUCAUCUCUCGCAUCAUUGAGGCAGAGCCCCCAGACAUCUACCUCAUGGAGGACCUGAAGAAGCCCUUCACCGAGGCCAGCAUGAUGAUGUCCCUCACCAACCUGGCAGACAAGGAACUGGUUCUCAUGAUCAGCUGGGCUAAAAAGAUCCCUGGCUUUGUAGAGCUGAGUCUAGCGGACCAGAUCCAGCUGCUGAAGUGCUGCUGGCUGGAGAUCCUGAUGUUGGGCCUGAUGUGGAGGUCGGUGGAUCAUCCUGGAAAACUCAUCUUCUCUCCCGACUUCAAACUCAACAGGGAGGAGGGAGUGUGCGUGGAGGGCAUCAUGGACAUUUUCGACAUGCUAUUGGCAGCCACGUCUCGGUUUCGUGAGCUGAAGCUUCAGCGGGAGGAGUAUGUCUGUCUGAAGGCCAUGAUCCUCCUCAACUCCAAUGUGGUGACGAGCUCCCCUCAGACAGCUGAGGAGCUGGAGAGCAGGAACAAGCUGUUGCGUCUGCUGGACUCGGUGAUCGACGCUCUGGUCUGGGCCAUUUCCAAACUGGGCCUGUCAACCCAGGAGCAGACUCUGCGCCUUGGACACCUCACCAUGCUGCUCUCCCACAUCCGCCACGUCAGUAACAAAGGCAUGGACCAUCUGUCCACCAUGAAGAGGAAGAAUGUGGUGCUGGUGUACGACCUCCUCCUGGAGAUGCUGGACGCCAACACGUCCAGCAGCGGCAGUCAGGCGUCGUCCUCGCCCAGCUCCGACACGUACUCGGACCAGCACCAGUACCAGUACCCUCCGCCCCCAUCUCACCCGCAGAUGGGCCCAGAGCACGCGGCCGGCCACACCGCCGUGCCUCCGCAUGGACCUGCUGAAGCCCCAACCCUGGACAGACACCUGCAGGCUGUGCCCCCCCAGUCCCAGUCCUCACCUCCAUUUCACAUGGACAGCAACGAGUACAUCCAUCCGGAGCAGUGGUCAAUGGAUACAGGAGACGCAGGUCUGUCAGCAGAACCGACAGACUACAUCGUCACCGAUUGAGUCAUCAUGGAAACCUCCUUAGAGACUAACUGAGAUUGAACCUUUCAUGGAUUUCCAUCCCCCAGAGAUCGAGAAAAGGAAACAAACAAAAAAUUAUAAAAAAAAAAACAAGCAGAAAGCGCUGUCGUGAGGUAAAGUGUUUUUAGUCUUUGAAAACGUUGAAACGUUUUUGAUUGAAUGUAUAUUUUACGUGCGUAAAUAUUUCUUGUGAAUGUGCACUACAGCGGGUGUUCACGAGAACAUUGCUGGACCUCUGCCAGUCAGUUUGAGCUCUUUUUUGAUAUACAGUAUUUGUAUCUCUUUUUUCACCUCACUGUAACAUCCAGAACAAGCCAUCUAAAACCUGCAAUGACUAACAGAAAAGUUGCAUGUGGUCCAUUUCCAUAGCUAAAGAAAAAAAAAGGGCAGUGUUUUCUAUCACACUGGGAUGUUUUUCUCCUUCACUACUACUGUGUACUUGUGUGUUUUAACGGUGCCUGUUUAUCCAGGAUUUUUCUACUCUUUGUACAAACUACAAGUUUCAGUGGAGUCAAGAAUAAGCUGUUUGUGCCUUUUAAACAAAAUGACUGUUAACGUGAGCUUUCUUCCCUGUUCGUCUGGUUAAACUAAGGCUGGAUUUACACAGUUGAAUAUGUGGCACAAAUCUCUUGCGAGUUUACACUUGGCAAACUUGAAAAAAAUCUAAUUCAAUACAAGUUGACUGCCCUUUUUUAAGGUGUUAAAAGUUAUUGUGUAAAUAUAUCAACCUCAAUAUAUAGUCAUACAUUUAAAGACCCCUUUAAAAGCUAUUCAAUGAAGUCCUGUCCGCCUUAGCUGUACUUUAAAGCGCCCAUAUUAUACUCAUUUUCAGGUUCAUAAUUGUAUUUUAAGGUUGUACCAGAAUAGGUUUACAUUGUUUAAUUUUCAAAAAACAUCAUAUUUUUGUUG